AUGACGGGAGCAACAGACAGCAGCAGCAACGGCUAUUUCAUUGGCAGCUGCAGCAGCCGCAGAAGCAGCCAAAACAGCAGCAUUAGCUGUAUCAAAAACAACAACAACAUCAGCAGCAGCAGCAGCAACAGCAAAACCGUAAGCAGCAGCACCCAUGAGUCCAGCAGCAGAUGCAGUAACACCACAAAAAAUGCCCUAGCAGCAGCAGCAACAGCAACGAGAAAAGCAGCAACAGCAAAAGCAGCAGCAGCAACAAGAGCAGCAGCAGCAGCAAGGGCAGCAGCAGCAGCAAGGGCAGCAGCAGGGACGAGACCAGCAGCAGCAAUGGCAAGAAAAUCAGCACCACCAGCAGCACCAACCAAAAGAGCAGCGGCAGAGGCAACGGUAGCAACAAAAACGAGCAGCAGCAGCUGCGGCUGCGACAAAACACAGCAGUGA